AUGGCCCCCUACAAUGUUGUCGUCUUCGGUGGUGAUCACUGCGGUCCUGAGGUGACCGCGGAGGCUGUUAAGAUCCUCCGCGUGGUUGAGAAGGCCCGUGAGGGUGUGUCGUUCAACCUCCAGGAUCAUCUGCUCGGUGGUGCCUCGAUCGACGCCACUGGAUCGCCGUUGACGGACGAAGCCCUCACCGCCGCUAAGAACGCCGACGCCGUUCUCCUGGGUGCCAUUGGUGGACCGAAAUGGGGUACGGGCGCUGUCCGCCCGGAGCAGGGCAUCCUGAAGCUCCGCAAAGAGAUGGGCACCUUCGGCAACCUGCGACCAUGCAACUUCGCCGCUCCCUCCCUGGUCGAAAGCUCUCCGUUGCGGGCCGACGUCUGCCGCGGCGUCGACUUCAACAUCAUCCGCGAGCUUACGGGCGGUAUCUACUUCGGCGAGCGCAAGGAGGACGACGGCAGCGGAUUCGCUAUGGACACGGAGCCUUACUCGCGGGUCGAGAUCGAGCGCAUCAUCCGUCUGGCCGCGCACCUGGCUCUGCAGCACAACCCGCCCCUGCCCGUCUGGAGUCUCGACAAGGCCAACGUGCUGGCUACCAGCCGUCUGUGGCGCAAGGUCGUCACCGAGGUCAUGGAGAAGGAGUUCCCUCAGCUGCAGAUCGGACACCAGCUGAUUGACUCCGCUGCUAUGAUCAUGGUCAAGGACCCGCGCAAGCUGAACGGUAUCGUCGUCACGAGCAACCUGUUCGGUGAUAUCAUCAGCGACGAAGCGAGUGUCAUCCCCGGCUCGCUGGGUCUGCUGCCCUCUGCUAGUCUGAGCGGUAUCCCCGAUGGCAAGAGCAGGGUGAACGGUAUCUAUGAGCCCAUCCACGGUUCCGCCCCCGACAUCGCCGGCCGCGGCAUCGUCAACCCCGUCGCCGCCAUCCUCUCCGUCGCCAUGAUGAUGCAGUACUCCUUCGGCCUGUUCGACGAGGCCCGCGCCAUCGAGAAGGCCGUCAGCAACGUGAUCGAAUCCGGUGUCAAGACCGGCGAUAUCGGCGGCAAGGCUACCACCGCGCAGGUCGGUGAUGCUGUUGUUGCUGAGUUGGAGAAGUUGUUGAAGUGA